CGUAUAUUUAUUAUAAAAUCAUACACAUCCUUGACAAAAUGUGUGAACAAAUGCAGGCAGAUUCAGAUGGCUGUUUGGCAGCUGGAGACCUUUUAUGCAACUUGACAGUGUCCUUAUGAUAGAAAAAUCCCACAAUCCUCGCUGCUGCAGUGCCGCUACACUGCUCGCUUCUUGGCAAAUGUGCCCUUAUUUUAAUAUUACUGUUGAAUUCAUAUGUGCCGAUAUUCGUUUUAGAAGUCCUUUACAGUAAAAGUGAUCCGUUUCUGUUUGUUUUUGGCGCAUUUUAGAGCGUUUUUGAAGUGUUGUCAGACGGCUAGCUCUUUAAAAAUGGCUGAUCCCUGGAAUCGAGGACAUGGCGCUGUGGAAGAUAUGCUGGAUGCUGAAAACAAGCUUUUGGCAGAGAAUCUAGCGAGUAAAGUGUCUAGAAUGAAGUCUUUGGCAUAUGACAUUGACAAAGAAGCCGAGGAUCAGAAUACCUACCUGGAUGGCAUGGACUCAAAUUUUCUCAGUGCAACUGGCCUGUUGACUGGAAGUGUGAAGAGGUUUUCUACGAUGGUACGGUCUGGCCGAGACAACAGAAAGAUCCAGUGUUACGUUUCCGUCGUCCUUGUGAUGGUCUUCUUCCUGUUGUACUAUUUAGUGUCACGGAUGCAGAACUAAUGGGGCAUUUGCUCAAGUUUUAGAACAGUUUCUGAUUUCUCAGUUCUAUGAGAAAUGUUUUUCCCCAUGGGUUGAUGCUGUGUUUGUCCAUAUAAUAAGGAGUUUACACUGAAGUGGACAUGACUGCAAUUGGAGGAUGAUUUAUAAUAUUUCUCUCUGUUUAAGCUAAAUUAUGUUUGCCCUCUUAAGAGUGAUUGUUCAACGUAUAUUUUCUUUGCCAUUAAACGUGGACCAAUGUCUUCAAGUUUAUGAAAAAUAUUUUUUCAAUCUCCUAGAUUUAUAUUUGUAUUAAUGAGAUGUAUGUAACAAAAUGUAACCAUUUGUUUUAUUAAUUAUGUACAUUAAAGUGAUUUUGAA